UCCGAGACGGUUUUCGCUCUUGGCUGUGCAGUGAUGCUUCAUCUGCGGGUGCAGCAGCUGAACAGGUUCUUCAUUCAGCCGUCCUCCCCCUCCUCUUCCUCCUCAUCCUCGUUACGACGCAUCUGACAAGACGCGCAGAGCAAAAAAUAUACCUGGGACGAAAUUAUGCGUUUAUUCCAUCUUUACUGACGCGGGAAACUUUUGGGGGGGAAACAAGACAGAUGACAUCCCUUUACGACGAGAAAGAUUUGGCGGAGGAGCUGAGUCGCGUGAACUGCCCCGAUGAAGAUUUGGAGUUUGACUACUUGUUUGAAUACGAGCCGAGCUGCGGCGACCUCACCGGCGGGAGUCACCAAGAUGAACCAAAUCUUGCAUCUCAUAAAGUCCUCAGCUCCGACUCUGACCAGGCCUUCCAUCUGGGGGAGGCCUCCCCAUACGGCAUCAAAUCCUGUAGCCCCUCUUACAGUGGACACAACGCUGAGGUUUUCUCAGGAUAUGAGAAUCCAGAGGCCAGAAACUACCUAGACAACUCUCGACCUGGGGGCCUGGCACUAAGUCCACGGAUCGAAAUCACCCCCUCUCGUGAGCACUACAACCAUGGUAGGGACUCCCUGCAGAACCACCCCAUCAACAUAAGCCCCCGACCCACUCUGACUGUGCCUGGCCAUGACAGCCUGUUGUACCGUGAGACCCAGUGUCUGAGUCCCGCCAGCAGUAACUCCUCCACCAGCUGGCAUUCGGAGAGCUACUCCCCUUGGGCAUCGCCUUGUGUCUCCCCUAGCAGUGGCCACAACGCCGGAGACCUCUGCCCACGGUUACAGAAUAUACACACUGGCUCUCCCCGCACCUCCCCGGGCACCUCGCCUCGCACCAGCCUAGUGGAGGACGGCUGCCUGGGACCCCGCUCGCCCUCCCCCAGGCCCGGAUCGCGCUCCACCUCCCCGCAAGGCAAACGCACUUACGACAUGUACAGGAACCCAGGAUUAGUCCCUGGACACCGCUCCCGCAGUCCUUCCCCACACAGCGGCCAUGACGAGCGCAACAUUGGUGCCCACUAUGGUACCCACAACAGCCUUGCCGAGGCUAUGAACGGCUUUGGCAGUGGUCCGCCAGGUCUGAUGCCCACCAAAAUAGUCAAGACGACCAACCAAGUUUACACUCUCUACCCUGAGAACCAUGGAGAGGGCAACUACUUGGUGUCAUGUGACCAGGACGUCAAAACCAAACCUAGUGCAGAGCCUUUCUUUGUCAUACCGCCCAUCUGGCCCAAACCACUGGUUUCCAGUAUAUGCAGCAUCCCUGUGGCUUCUCUUCCCCCUUUGGAGUGGCCAAUCCCCAGUCGCUCAGAUCAGUAUGAGCUCCACAUCGACGUGCAGCCCAAGCCCCACCACAGAGCUCACUACGAGACAGAGGGAAGCAGGGGUGCUGUCAAAGCCCCCACGGGAGGGCACCCUGUCAUCCAGUUACAUGGAUACAGAGGCAAGGAGCCACUGGGCCUACAGAUUUUCAUCGGCACAGCUGAUGAGCGCAUCCUAAAACCCCACGCCUUCUAUCAGGUCCACCGCAUCACCGGCAAGACGGUCACGACCACCAGCUUUGAAAAGAUUAUCAAUGGCACCAAAGUCCUGGAGAUCCCCCUGGAGCCAAAGAACAACAUGAAAGCAAUAAUCGACUGUGCCGGGAUCCUGAAACUCAGGAACGCAGACAUUGAGCUGAGGAAGGGGGAGACGGACAUCGGACGGAAGAACACACGUGUCCGUCUUGUUUUCCGUGUGCACAUACCUCAGCCAGGAGGACAGCAUAUGUCUCUUCAAGUGGCCUCACAUCCCAUAGAGUGCUCCCAGCGUUCAGCCCAUGAGCUUCCCAUGGUGGAGAAGCAAGACAUGGACAGCUGCUCUGUACUGGGAGGCCAGCAGAUGAUCCUGACCGGACAGAACUUCAGCUCUGAUUCCAAGGUCGUAUUUAUGGAAAAGACCCAGGAUGGACAGCAGGUUUGGGAGAUGGAGGCAACAGUAGACAAAGAUAAGAGCCAGCCUAAUAUGCUGUUUGUUGAAGUUCCCUCCUACCGAGAACCGUCUGUCUGCCGUCCUGUCAAAGUCAACUUCUAUGUCAUCAAUGGAAAGAGGAAGCGCAGCCAGCCUCAGCACUUCACCUACACACCACUGGCAGCUCAAUCCAUCAAGACAGAGCCAUUGGAUGAGUAUGAGGCAGGCCACAUGGGCUUCACCAUGCCCCAGAUUUUGGGUUUAUGCCCUCAGUCUUACUAUCAUAACCCUCGCGCUGUCCUCCACCCAGACAAUGGCCUGGUCUCCAACAUGGCCUCCUGCCAGCAGGGGCGCCAAGCCUCCAGCCUGCUGGGCCAAGAUACCCGCUUCCAGCAGCAGAGCCCCGCCAUCGUCUAUUCCCAUGGAAGCAAGAGUUUGAGCAGUCUUUAUCAGCAGGCUGGAGGGAUGCUGCCUGACCCUCACCGGUCGGUCCUGGUCCACACUGGCUCCCCGUCCCAGUCAGGAGGUCCUAUCGGGGCCCAUCAGCAGCAUCCGGCAGCAGGCCAGCACCCCUCAAUCAUCCAGUUUUCCCCCACCAACCACCACCUGCUCCGGGGAGCAGACCCUCAACCUCUCCCCGCUCCACAGCCUGACAGCCAGCAGAUCAUCUACUGUGAUGGCUACUCCCCGCAGGCAGCAGCAGCCCAUUCCCCUACACCAUCCCAGGCUCAAGCUGCGGCGACUCAGCCCCAGCACUACCCCACAGUGAUCCAGCAGCAGCCAUACGUGCAGAAGGGGCCGCAGAAGGGCAGGGCUCCCCCUGGACAGAUGGAGGCUCCGGGAGAUGGGCAGAGGAGGGUGACGGUUAAGGAGGAGAACCUGGACCAGGCCUACCUAGAUGAUGGUGAGUUGAAUGAGAUCAUAAGAAAGGAUCUGACUGGUGUCCAGGCCAGAGGGCAAACAUAGAGGAAGAACCUGAACAGGAAAUGACACCAUGCCCCCCCCAACCCUCGACACACAGGCCUCCUAACCCCCCCCCCCCCAGUGUGUUGACACCCGUUACCCCCCCCCCCAUCCUUUUUGCCCAUGGAGCUAUCGAUGUCAGCUCCCUGCAAUUAUCAUUCAGCGGUUUGCCUUAGAUGUUUACCCCUCAGUUAUCUGUUUCACAUUUUACAGAGAAUCUAUGCGACACAUAUAUUCAAUAUCAACAGAAAGAGAAUGAAUGUAGGUGAGAUAAACACAUCAUGAGAAGAGCAAUAGCCAUACAGCCCAAGUAAUAAACUCACCCCAAGAUGGCUGCCGCAUGCACUGUAGUAGUGAAUGAUAAUUAUGUAGCCAUGUUGUUAUAACGAGGAAUUUUUCAGUUUGUUUGAGCCAAAGACGGUCAACCAGUUAACAUUGCUGAGUUUUUUGUUUUGGUUUUUUUUUUUUUUUGGGGAAAUUUAUUGGGCUGUCAAUAGGUUGGCUUCUUGUACCAUAAUGUCACCUCAAUUUCAAUGCACAGCUAAUGUAUAAAUUACAUUCCUUGAGGCCAAAUGCUCAGAGUCAUUUUGGCUCUUUUCUCUUGAACAAGCCCUCUAGUUUUUCUAGUAAAUCUCCAACUUUUUAUGUAAUUUUCAAGCAGAUGACGUCUCAAAUAUAAACUUUUAUCAUCUCAUGUUAGGUGGAAUUUUGUAAAUGAUGAGAGUUGCAUACUCCUAUGACUAUAUAUAUAUAUAUAUAUAUAUAUAUAUAUAUAUAUGUAUAUGUAUGUAUUCACGUGGCACCUUCCUAAUAUGCACUGUUUUUAACAACGGGGGAAUUAAUAUUUUUGAUGUUUCUUUUUUACCAUAUUUGUGCCGUGAAUAACUUUUUAUAUUAGUGAAACACCUGUUGCAUUAUUAUCAGGUAAUAUGCCAAAGUGGCUUCAUAGCGGCCUGCAAUGCUAAAGCUACGGUUGGGCUAAAUUUUCAAUUUGAGAUCCAUUCUUGAGUCUAUUUCCAUGCAAAACUAAAAAAAAAAAAAAAAAAUUCAGCAUCUGUACAUGAAAUCUGACUCACACAGGCUGAUCUCAAGUGAACAAUUUUGUCCUUGAAGUGCCAGUUAUGCCUUCCUAUUGAGUGUAAUGCAUCCAAAGUGUCUCACACUCAGGUGUAGAAGUGGUCCUCGUCUUUUCUUUUAUCUCAGAUGUUUGCUUGUUCUCCUUGUAAUUCUCUUAAUAUUGUGUGUAAUUACAUCUGUGGUUGUUUUUGCAUUCACAAAGUCUAUCCAAAGCCUUUUUCUUUGUGGGUUGUGUUUUGUAAAGUUUAUGGAAGUCCAUCCAAAAUGACAGACGGUUUACACAGAGUCAAGUGUUUGUCUGUGCCAUGGCUUCAUGCUGCAGCCGUGCAGCGGCAUGCCUUACAAUCUCAAGGUGAGCCCAUAUUUUCAUAGGAAAAUACUUCUCAGCAUCUGCUUUUAAUUCACCUAUAACUUACUGUACAGUAGGAAUAUACAUAUACACCUCAUGUGCUCAUAUGCUUGGCAGUGAUAAAAUAGUGGUGGUUUUAAGAAAGAAUACUAUUUUUGUAAUAUUUUCUAAGUGAAUUGGAGUGCCUAAUAAGUAAUGCAUGUCAUUUAUACAGCUGUAAAGAAAAGAAAGGUUGAAAGUAAAGUUAUUGGUUUAGAAAACAUGAUAACAUAAAUCUCAGAUUGACUAUAUGAUAUUUGAUAUCAAUGGACCUAUGUGAUCGAAUCUAAAAAAAAAGAUUUUGUGAUAUUAUGAAGGUGUUGUUAAUAGCUUUACUUCUUUUUUCAGGUCGAGCCAUUCUCUAAAUAUACAGACAUUUCUUGAAUGUAAACUAUAAUGAAGAGUUUUUUCCCCCUUUUUGUAAAUAUAUGAUGCAAAGUGUAAAAUGACUGUCCAUGUGUCAGAAGCAGAGUUAGCCUAAAAUAUAUUCAUUGUAUGUGUUGAACCAGCUGUUUUCCAGCUUUAGCCAGUUCAGUGUGUUUAUAAUGUGCAAUGUCUCUAUCGACACUUCACAUGACUUCACCUGACGUAUUGAGAAGUGAAAUAAAUGAAUGGUCUUUUAAUUUCCCAAAAGCAGCAGGGGUCAAAUGGAUCAUAUUGUUGUUGUUCUUUUUCUAAACAGAAUAAGGACAGCUACAUUGUUCACCGGCAUCCCUCCAAUUGUCAAUAGUUUGUAUUUUUUUUUUUGGAGAAUUUUACAACCCUUGUUAACAAAUAUUUUCUUUUUGAUAGCGGUCUUCUGCUUGUCUCAUUGUGAGCCUGCCUGACUUUGUGUUUUACUUAGACAGUUUCAAUUCCAUCCUAUUUUUGUAUCUCCUAAAAGUAGCAAUAAAUCAUAACCAUAUUUA